AUGCAGGUGGCUGUGGUGGCAGCAGACCUGCUGUUGUUCCUGAGCAUGGUGUGGCUGUCAGACUCUCUCUGCUCACCCACCAUUUUCUACAGAGACUGCUGGAUCCGUCGAUUCCCAGGUCUGCUCAUUGAGCUGCAGGAAUCUCAGAAGCUGGGAGCCCAGUUCUUGAAGUAUUACUCUGAGAGCACUGGCCAGAAGUGCAGCAGGAGCUGCUGUCUUAGGAAGGACGUUUCCUGUAACCUGGCUGUUUUCUUCCAUGAUCCGAUUCAUGACAAUGUCAACUGCCUCCACAUCCACUGCCCCACGUUGGAGAGCUGCAUAUUAGAGCCUGGAACCGGUGCCAUUCUGUACAACAUAACAGAUGGUAAAGAUCCAGAUUUGCUGGUUUUUGAGCAAUCAUCUCCCUCUGAUCUAAAGACCCACUCUUCAUCUGGUAGGUGGGACAGACUAAGGAUCCUAAAAGCUAUGAAUUUAGACAAACAACAAACCACCAUGCUCAACCACAUGCUGCCAUCAAUAGAGCCUCCAUCAUCAACUACACAUCAAGAUUUGGUUGCAAACACAAACAAUACUGGUUAUUCCAAGGAAUUAACCACAGAUUUGGGGGCAAAAUUCAUUUCCCUAAAUGACCCCAUUACCACCAAAGUAAAUAAGGAAUCACGAAGUACUGACUUCAUCAACAAUCCAAACAAUGAAACUAUUUCUACUUUCUUUGUGCCCACAGACACAAAACGUUCUCAUGUGCCUAUCCCAUCCGGACUCAACAGUAGCAAACAAUUACUGAACAAAACCAAGGGGUCCAACAGCAGAAAUCACACGUCUGAGAAUGAAGAUGAGACACCUGGUGGGGCAUCUGUGACCUCAAAGACCUGGCUGGCUUCUCUGGCCUUGUGUACCGCUGUCAUCUUCCUUUGCUGUUGUGUAGUCAUCCUGGCAUUUGGAUGCUGUCGGAAGCAACAGGGCCAGUAUACACUAGGACAGAGAAAGUCAGGAUCGAGACAAAGUAAAAACUGCAAUACAUUGAGGCAGAACUCUUUAAAAGUUGGAGUGACGUUAUAACAUUUCAAGGGUUUCAUUUUCAGUUUUCUGUAAGCCAUGGGGAAUUUGAUUAAAAACAUAAUUAAUUAUCUAGGAUGUCCACUCCUACCAACCUCUAAAAAGGCCAAUGCUUAGUAAACGUAAGUCUCACUCCAGCAGUUGUCAUUUAGCUCCGUGUCAGAGAUAGUUCUAAGUGCGUUAACUACCUGCACACUUACAACUCUGCAAGAUAGGUGGACUGUUAUUAACCAUUACCAUUGCAUAAUACUGUUAUCACACAAUUACUAUUGCAUUUGACAGAUGAGGAAACUGAGGUGAA